AUGCCAGUCGAUUAUAGCAAGUGGGACGCUCUUGAGCUCUCAGACGAUUCAGAUAUCGAGGUCCAUCCGAACGUGGACAAAAGAUCAUUCAUUCGAGCGAAGCAGAACCAGAUACACCAGCACAGAUUCGAGCGCAGACGAGAAAUCGAUACUCUGAAGUACGAACGACUCAUCAAUGAUGGCCUCCUCGAGCGUAUCAAUGCCCUGCUCGAUGCUCUCAGCUCACACCAGGAGGAAGCUAAAUCGAAAGACCCGGACCAGCUUGUCCUUCAGUCCAUGCUUGAAAGCGCAGCCGAUCCUGCAAAGGACGAACCACCAAAACCACCAGAAGGAGUUUACACCCACCAAAAGGAGCCACAACCUACCUACUCCAAGAUGAUGGCAAGCUUGAUCGAUCAGGUCAAGAAGGAGGUUGACGAGAAAAAGUCUCCAGACAGAUUCAAGGACUAUAUAGAUGGCGUACGAGGUCAUCUGACCAAGGUGCAAAAUCUACAGCAGGAACUGUUGACCAAACUUGCGCAGUUGGAGAAGGAAGAGGGCUCGCGGAUUACAAGUGACCAACUACACGACGGCGUAAAUUAUUCGUCUGUCAACAAACCGAAACCGAAGGAGCCAGCUGCACCGAAGACGACGAAAGAUCCCGAACUCUUGAAUCCCAAAGCUGGACUGGCCUCAAACCAGAGAAGCGUCCCAACCCGUUCGGACAGUCAAGUCUCAUCUGGCGCUGAGGCCGACGUUGAAGAUGACAACCUCAUUGAACAGCACGACCUGGAUGACGACAGCAACCUAGAACUCACUCCUACAGCCAAAGGAUUUUCUCAGAUCAAGAUUGGUGACUUUCAGGCAUCUCUACAAUACAUUGGUAAGAACUACGACGAAAUCAUGAACCAAAAGACGCACGACAGCCUCCUUGGAGAAGCCUUUAGUGCUCAGAUGAAAGGAAAAGCAACCUACGCGAAGCAAUGCGUUCACCAGGCACUACUUGUUCAGUAUUGUCAACAGCUCGGCAAGGAUGGUGUCGGGGUCUUCUUCAAGCGAGUCACCACCAAGGGCCAUAAGGCUCAUAAGCUUUUUGUGGAUGACGUGAACGACACAUACGCUCGUAUCCAGGCCAGAACAGCUGAGCUAAAGAGGCAAGAACAAGAAGUGGAGGAGAAAGGAGGCGUUGAGCAGAUUCAACUGCACGCUGUUGAACCUGGGACAGAAAUUCACAUCAAUGUGCCCCAGCCAAACUCGACUGAUCCAGUUGAAAUAGAGGCCAGAAAGAUCUUCGACACAUUUCCGCCUGGUCUGCAAAGAGCUCUAGAGACGGGCAGCUUAGAUAAAAUCAACGAUGUUUUAGGCAAAAUGGCUAUAGACGAAGCCGAGCAAGUGGUCGAGAAACUUGGUGAGGGUGGCAUGUUGAGCUUACAGGAAGGUGUCAUCGAUGCUACCAACGAGGAAGGACAACAGAGGCUCCGCGAGAUCGAGGAGGAAGAGCGACAAAAGAAGGCGACGGGAGAACCUGUUCAGCCAGGAUUUACAGAGCCCGUUGCGGCUGUCGAGCAAUCGAGUGCCUACGAUAUUGAUUAG